CGGGAGGCUCCUCCCUCGCGGUCUGCCAGGCCUUGGGUGCUUCUCGGUGCCCCUUCCCCAUUGCUUUGCUUCCCACAGUGCCCGGUGCGUGCCCCUCACUUUUGGCGCCCGGCUGUGUGGCUGCGCGCAGUUUCCCAUGGUUCGGUGCUACCCGCUACACGGCGCAAUCCCGCAGGGCCACCCAGACUGCGCACGGCGUGGACUCGGCCCAGUGCAAAGUUUCCCUGACCCACAGGCAGUGGACGCGUAGGUGACAGCAGCCCCAGAGGUCGCCGAAGUCCGCGGCAGCAUGGAGGAGCCUCCAGUGCGGGAGGAGGAGGAUGGCGAGGAAGACGAAGGCGCCCUGGCUAAGAGCCCCCUGCAGCUGACCACCGACGACGUGUACGACAUCUCCUACGUGGUGGGCCGCGAGCUGAUGGCCCUGGGCAGCGACCCCCGCGUCACCCGGCUGCAGUUCAAGAUCGUUCGCGUGAUGGAGAUGCUGGAGGCGCUGGUGAACGAGGGCAGCCUGGCGGUCGAGGAGCUGAGGAUGGAGAGGGACAACCUCAAGCAGGAGGUGGAGGGGCUGCGGAAAGCCGGUGUGUCCGGAGCCCAGGUGAACUUGGGACCAGACAAAAUGGUAGUGGAUCUGACAGAUCCCAACCGGCCCCGCUUCACUCUGCAAGAGCUGAGGGAUGUGCUGCAGGAACGGAACAAGCUCAAGUCGCAGCUGCUGCUGGUGCAGGAGGAACUGCAGUGCUACAGAAGUGGUCUGCUUCCACCCAGAGAAACUCAGGGAGGAAGAAAAGAGAAGGAUGCUGUGGUUACCAUGGGCAACGGUGAGAAGGAGGAGAGGACCAUUAUGAAGAAGCUGUUCUCCUUCAGGUCAGGGAAGCAUACCUAGACUGAAGACCAUCGCCAAGAUGGUAACUCUGCUGACUUGAGAAGAUGAUUGCCAAUAUGCCUUCCAGAACCAUCUUUCUGUGCCAGGAAUGUGUUUGGCCUGCUCUCAUGCUUCGCCCUCAGAGCAGUCAAGGGAAGAUGCUCUCAUGACUCUCCCACUCCCUGGGGAUAGAGCUGGAACUGGACAGCCAGUAAGCUUUGGCCAGGGCUAGUGUGGUAGUAUCAAGACCUUGAGAAAGCAAAGGAACACAGAGCGUGGCCGCAUCCAUGCAUGGACAGAGGCCUCUGGCCUGCAGUGCGUUCCUGCCUCAGCGAUCAUCUGGUCCUUAAUACGUGGCAAGGAGAGACGGAAAAGCAGGAGCAUGUGGAAUUGUCUUGACUGAUAGUUGGUGAAAAUACUUGAUUUUUCUCAUUCAACUUUCUUUAUAUGACAUUUGUAUUAAAGUGAAAAGACCUUUAUAGUUUC